AUGAAGAACUCAAACUGUAGUAGUGGUUUUGUAUGGCUUAUGACCAUGUCAAUCUUGUUUCUAAUUGCAAGAUCUCAGUUAACUGAAGAUUUCUACUCAACUUCAUGCCCUAAUCUUCCCAAUAUUGUACGUAAACAAGUGCUAAAUGCAAUCAAGACUGAAACAAGAAUGGCUGCUUCUUUGCUUCGGCUUCAUUUCCAUGAUUGCUUUGUAAAUGGUUGUGAUGCAUCAAUUUUAUUGGAUGGAAAUGAUGGGGAGAAGUUUGCCUUCCCUAACAUCAAUUCCGCUAGGGGAUUUGAGGUGGUUGAUGCCAUUAAAACCGCUGUAGAAAGCUCAUGCAGUGGAGUAGUUUCAUGUGCUGACAUUCUAGCAAUAGCAGCACAAGAUUCAGUUCUCUUGAGUGGAAGGCCUUCGUGGAAAGUCUCACUAGGAAGAAGAGAUGGACUUGCGGCGAAUCAGUCCGGAGCUAAUUCCAACCUCCCUGGCCCCACCGAAUCCGUUGCUAAUAUCACCGCCAAGUUUCUAGCCGUCGGCCUCAACCUUACAGAUGUUGUAUCCCUAUCAGGUGCGCAUACGAUUGGAUCAGCGAGGUGUGCUGUGUUCAGCAAUAGGUUAUUCAACUUCUCUGGAACAAACGGUCCUGAUGAGACGCUAUUAGAUCAGGCUAUGGUAUCAGACCUUCAAGCUCAAUGUCCGGCGAACGGAGACGGGAACAAGACGACGGCUCUCGAUCGGAAUUCCGUUGACUUGUUCGACAACCAUUACUUUCAAAACUUGGUGAACGGAAGGGGGCUUCUUGAAUCUGAUCAAUUACUGUACUCGAGUGAUGAAGCUGUAUCGACUACACGAACCCUAGUUGAAAUCUACAGCAAUAACUCGAAGAUUUUCCUUGAUGACUUUGUUAGAUCGAUGAUUAAGAUGGGGAAUACGAGCCCCCUCAUGGGGGAGAAUGGAGAAAUUCGAAAAAAUUGCAGGGUUGUGAAUUCGUAG